AUGGUGUAUGGGUUAAAGGUUGAAGAUAGGCUUGAAGGCACAUCAAACUUCACCUCGUGGAAGUUUAGAGUUCUUAUUGCACUUGAAGAAAAUGAUCUUCUUGAGUUUGUGGAGGAGAAAGACUUAAUUGAGCCAGAAGAUCAAGAGGAGAAACUUCAAUUCAAGAAGAAUGUUGUCAAAGCAAAGAAGAUCUUGAUUGACUCCGUGAAUGAUCACCUAGUGCCCAUCAUUUCCAAGAUGUCAAAUGCAAGAGACGUGUUCAGAACUUUGGAAGGGAUGUAUGAGAUCAACAUCACAAGUAGGGCACUUGCAUUGAGGCGACAACUUCAUAAAGUCAAGAUGGUGAAGGGAGAAUCAGUCAUAUCCUUCUUCAUGAAGAUUUCAGAAUUGAGAGAUCAACUAAGCGCCAUUGGAGAUGAAGUUAUGGACAAGGAUCUUGUCAUGCUAGCAUUGAAUGACCUUCCUCAUUCUUGGGAGCCAUUUAUUCAAGGUAUAAGUGGGAGAUCCAAAUUCCCUAAGUUUGAUCGUCUUCGCGUUGACUGCAUCCAAGAAGAAUCAGGGUUGGCUACAAGAGGAAUUGUCAAAAGUUCUCAAAAUGAAGACACUCGUGUUCUGGCCACCCAAUCUACUAAGAAGAAAGGAAGAAAUUGA